AUGCCUCUGGUGAGAAUUGAUCUAAUCAAAGGGGUACGGUCUCCCGAUGAGUUAAGACAGCUGGCCGAUGUUAUCCAAGAAGUCAUGCGGAAGCACUUCAAUGCACCCUACCGGGAUCGCUAUCAAAUUGUCACCCAACACGAGCCCUAUGAGCUGAUCUGUGAGGAUACGAAUCUGGGAAUGAAGAGGAGCAACAAGUUGGUUAUCAUACAAAUCCUGCAGCAAGGCCGUGGUGCUGCGCAGAAGCAGGCUGUGUAUCAAGCACUUCAUGAGCAGUUAUCUGAGAGAUGUGGACUCUCUGGAGAAGAUCUUAUUAUCAGCUGUGCCGAAAAUACCAGGGCGGAUUGGAGCUUUGGGAAAGGAGAAGCACAAUUCUUAGCCGGGACAUUAUAG